CACGGGAGGGUAUGUAUCGAAGGUAUGUGUAUGCGGCAGCUACCGGCUAAAGACACCGACCAAUCAAAGACGAAGGUGACGAUAUUAGGUUAGAAUCCAAUUGAAAACCAUUUGAAAACAUUAGAAAUAAUUUCAGUGAACAUAAAAUCAAGAGCAAUGAGUGAUCCCAAAAAUAAUCCUGCAUUCAAUUAUAGAGGCGGACCGCAUGGGCUAGGGGAUCCAGAUGAUCUAUCCUUGAGGAAAGUUGAAGAAAACGUUUUGAUUCCCAAGUUAAUUCGCGAGGUAUCAAGACAAGAAAAAUGUACUGAAGAAGUACAAGGUACUAUGUUGGCUCUACAUCGAGUGUAUAAUGAUGGCCCAGUGUUAUGCAACCUUCAACAUACUUUCACCCAAUGCUGUUGUGACAGUGGUCUGCUAAUGGUAGUGAAGUGCCGAAAUGAAAAUAAUCUUCUAAAAGAAUGUCUCGCAAAGUGGUUUACAAACACCGAGUUUGCUGCAGCGUGUAAGCAAAGAUAUUUAGCUGAAAGGAGUGAGUAUAGAAGAACAGGUAUCACUAAGAAGAGGAGAGAAUAUAACCAGUCGGUAAAUUCAGAGUCGAUGUAAUCAUUUCGGUUGUAUUACCUAUAUUAUUCGUUAACUCAGGUUGGCAAAUACGUUGUGAUUUCAAAUCACAAAACUUAUUGUUAGAUACACGUGACUAUACCUAUGAUUGUUAAAACCCAAUCAGAAUUCAUUUGGGAGUAUAGUGUAAUAAAUGAUAUAUAUUUAUCCAACAUAGCACUGAUAAGAAUGAGUAGUAAUAAACAAUGAAAAUUAAACGAGUCCGUGAAUGUAA